AUGGAGGCACCGGGCUGCCCGGCCUUCCCCCCGCCGCGCCGGCCUGGGCCCCCCCCGGGGCUCCCCGGAGCUCCCACCGCCUUCACCGUCGGUCCACCGGGACCCCCCCGGCAUCCGCCGCCGCUCAGCCCCCGCCCGGCCCGCUGCCCGCCGGACAAGGCACAGCCCCGGUACCUGGGGGUCACCGGCCCGGGGCCCCUCGCCGUGGCCGUCAAUGGGAAGCCCCUCUACCCGGCCGGGGCUGCAGGCGGCGAGAAGGGAUGCAAAGGCGGGUACCAGGCGAUGCCCCCAGCCUGCCGGGCCCCCCUGAAAGCCCCGGGGGAGCUGGGGUGCCCGCUGGCAGCACCCCUGGGCAGCCUACGGGAACACGGGGUCCCCGAGCUCCCCGAGCCCCUGGGCAAGAGCAAGAAGCGGAGGAACAGGACGACCUUCAGCACGUUCCAGCUGGAGGAGCUGGAGAAGGUCUUCCAGAAGACGCAUUACCCCGACGUCUACGCCCGUGAGCAGUUGGCACUACGGACGGACCUGACCGAAGCCAGGGUGCAGGUCUGGUUCCAGAACCGACGGGCCAAGUGGCGGAAACGGGAACGUUACGGGAAAAUCCAGGAGCUGCAGAACAACCUCUGGCCGAGCUCCGGCCCCGGGAGCCCCGCGGGGCUCCUGCCCCCCGAGAGCAUCCCGUCCCCCUGCAUGUCUCCGUACCCCCACGCUCACAGCAACAUCGCCGGCUUCAUGGGCAUCCCCGCUUCUCCCGGCCCCCACCCCGGCAUCAACAGCCUCUACUCCCUGCACGGCCUCCCCACCCCGGCCCUGGGCACCCACCCCUUCGAGCCGGCACCCGAACACGACUACAAGUCGCCCACCCUGGUGCCGCUGAGGAUGAAGAGCAAAGAGGCGACCAGCAGCCUGCUGAACUGGGCUACGUGA